AUGGGAGACGAUCGUGUAGAAAGGAAAGAGAUUACCACGCUACCUCAACAAGCUGAGAGUCACACGCAUCAAUAUUUUGGAUCGAGUGUUCUGUUCCGGAUCGUUCCUGUAACGCUUUAUGGAAAAACCGGUUUCGUUAACACGUAUGCCUUCUUAGACGAAGGGUCAUCUCUAACGCUGAUAGAGGGCGAAAUUGCAAAGCAGUUAGGCGUGAGCGGAGAAACUCAGCCGCUGUGCCUACGAUGGACAGGCAAUACUUCACGCAUUGAAGAAGAAUCAAAAAUAAUUAACGUUACCGUCGGCGGAACCGGAUCGCAGAAAAAAAUUAAUAUGUCGAACGUUCGUACAGUGUCUAGUCUGAACCUGCCCAGUCAGACAUUCCAAUUGGAAGAAGCUGUUAAGCAAUUUAGUUAUCUCAAGCAGUUGCCCAUCCAGAGUUAUAAGAAUGCUGUACCAAAGCUGUUAAUUGGGCUCGACAAUCUGCAAUUAGCUGUUCCUUUGAAAUCAAAACAAGAUUUUUCCAAUCAAUAUAAUCUUCAUAUUUGCGAGAGUAUUACAAACAAAGAUUUAUACGAUGCCGUGAAGCAGCUAUAUGAUCUUGAAGAGAUUGGAGCAGGGAAAGUUACCCUGCGUUCUAGAGAAGAACAGCGAGCCAUAGAUUUGCUCGAACAUACCACGGUACGAGUUGGUGAGAAGUUUGAGACAGGAUUACUGUGGAAGGACGACUAUGUAGAACUACCAGAUAGCUAUUCUAUGGCGUUGCGAAGACUAGAAUGUAUAGAAAGGAAAAUGGCACGCGAUCCAGCUUUUAAAGAAAAUAUCCACCGGCAGAUUAAAGAGUUCAUAGGCAAAGGCUACAUUCACAAAGCCACAAAAAAAGAAUUAGAGUCAGCGAAUCCACGCAGAACAUGGUAUCUCCCAGUGGGGACGGUAAUGAACCCAAAAAAGCCGGGCAAAAUACGUAUAAUAUGGGAUGCUGCGGCCAAAGUUGAAGUAGUGUCGCUAAAUAGUGUUUUGUUGAAGGGGCCCGACCAGUUGGUACCUCUACUAGGUGUGUUAUUCCGCUUCCGGCAAUUCAAGAUAGCGGUAUGCUCUGACGUGAGGGAAAUGUUUCUACAGAUUAUGAUGCGCGAGGCUGACAAGCAUUCACAGAGAAUUCUAUGGCGUGAAGAUCCUACUCGAGAUCCGGAAAUAUACCUGGCCGAUGUAACGACUUUUGGAUCUACAUGUUCACCGGCAUCGGCACAAUUCGUGAAUAACAAAAAUGCUCGGGAACACAGCAAUCAAUUUCCCAGAGCGGCAGAAGGCAUUUUACAGAGCACGUAUGUGGACGAUUAUUUAGACAGUUUCGGUACAGAAGAAGAAGCUUGUCGUGUUUCUGAAGAAGUUCGCCAGAUUUUCCGCAACGGUGGUUUCGAACUGAAAAAUUGGAUUUCGAAUAAUAAAAGCGUGUUGGAGCAUCUUGGGGAAACGCAAACUGCUACAUGUAAGAGUUUGAUAACAACAAUUCACAACACUGAACGUGUGCUCGGGAUGCUCUGGGACCCUGAGAAAGACGAUCUAUCAUUCAAUACUCAGAUGAGUGAUGAAGUUCAGUCACUAUUGGAAAGUGGCAAACGACCAACAAAGCGGCAGGUACUACGAUGCGUAAUGACUUUGUUUGAUCCGAUAGGGAUUUUAUCUACUUUCUUAAUCCAUGGGAAGAUACUGGUGCAAGAUUUGUGGCGCGCUGGAACUGGAUGGAACGAAAAUAUCAGUGAUAAUCACUACGGAGUCUGGACCAGAUGGAUAAAGAUGGUUUCGUUUAUUGCGAGUGUUCGCAUUCCUCGCUGGUAUUUUUUGGAUGCAGCGGUGCAAACGUACAAAGAAGCUGAACUUCACGUUUUUGUUGACGCAAGCUUAUUUGCAUAUUCUUGUGCGCUGUAUUUGAGAACAAUCGAUGCUAAUGGCGUGCCUCAGUGCACUCUUAUCGCAGCAAAGGCUAAAGUAGCACCAAUAAAACCUAUGCCCGUUCCGAAACUAGAGCUCCAAGGAUGCCUCCUGGGAACGAGAAUGAUGAAGUUUAUUCAAGAAAACCAUUUCAUUCAAAUAGGAAGAAGAAUUUUGUGGACGGACAAUUCGGUCGCGCUUGCAUGGAUUCGAGCAGACCCGAGAAAUUAUAAACAGUUCGUGGCAAAUCGUGUAGGGGAGAUCCAAGAAACUACGACUACUGAUGAAUGGAGAUGGGUUCCAUCAGAAUGCAAUCCAGCUGACGAAGCGACAAAAUGGGGCAGUGGACCAUAUUUUAGUAAAGACAGCCAGUGGUUCAACGGACCAGAGUUCUUACGCUCACCGGAGCAGGAAUGGCCGAGUUAUAGUGAUCCAAUAGUGGACCCAAUCGAUGAAAUUCGACCGUCAGUAUAUUUUCAUACCCAAUGGGAAGCGUUGAUAGACUAUGAGCGAUUCUCUACAUGGGAGAAACUGCAACGCUGCAUGGCUUACGUACUACGAUUCGUGAACAACGUUAGCAGAAAAGGAGAAAGACGCAUUGGACUAAUCAUGCAGCAAGAAUACGAAGCAGCUGAAACUGAAAUUAUUAAACAGGUGCAAAUGGAAGUUUACGCAGAUGAAGUGAUGGUGUUGAGAAACAAUCAAACGUUACCGGGAAAUAAGCAACAAUCGAUUGAAAAGUCAAGCAAAUUGUAUCAACUAAUGCCGAUAAUUGAUGAACGAGGUAUGAUGCGGCAGAACAGCAGAAUCGCAGCAGCCAAGCACAUUCAUCUCAACGUACGUUUUCCGUUAAUCCUUCCGAGAAGUCAUCGAUGUACUGAACUUUUAGUUAACCGAUACCAUCGUCUCUAUCAUCACGCGAAUUCGGAAACAAUUAUAAACGAAAUUCGUCAGUUGUAUGUCAUCCCGAAACUACGAAUUUGUAAAGCGUGUAGGGAGAAACUGCCAGCUCUGCAAGAUACGCAAGGCGCUUCCUAG